AUGAUGCGCAGGGUGUCACGGAGUCGUGAGGGCUGGCGGGUGGGACUUUUGUGUGAAUACAACUCUAGAGACGUGAUAGAUGCACGUCCCCUUGCUCUGGCAGUUGCCGGGUGUCAUGUGGAUGCCGUUCGGCUUCUCUUAGAGGCCAGUGCAAGCACGAACAUAGAGGUGGACUUAUCUGGCCGGAAGCAGGCGCCAAUCGUCACAGCAUGUGCCACUGGCAAUCUGGAGAUCGUGCGCUUGCUACUCUUUGCUCGCGCCAACGUGGCCGCUGCCGAAUGCACCAGGCCUACGCCCCUGGCCUUGGCACAUCAGAGGGGCGAUAGGGACAUCAUGAAGCUCCUGUUGGAAGCCGGUGCUGUGGUUUUCUGA